AUGUCCAAGAAAUAUGUAGAAAAACUUGAAAUAUCAACAGAAUAUACCUUUAUCAAUGCAAAACAACAAGCAGUAAACAUCCCGAUAUAUAAAUUAGGGUAUUAUGCAAAGAGAACCCACAGCAACCAGCAGGAUCUUACAACAGUUGAGCUAGAUCUAGAUCCACAUCACAUCUUGUAG